AUGACGACACAAGAGCUUACGAAACAACAGAUAGGGUUCUUUGAAAGGUGCGAAGAGUGUUAUCACUUAAUUCAAAAUUUUUUAAAUGGCACGUUGCCUAAUGGCUUGGUGCCAUCAAGGCACAAGAAAUACGAAUACGAUCCAGCUCUAAGACAAGUGGUAAAAGAAAAGAUUAAAUCGAGCAUGGAUAAGCUAGAGAAAUCGAUAGACCUUCACGGGUUGAAGGAAAUUGCAAUCUCAUAUAAUGGAGGUAAAGAUUGUUUGGUCAUGUUGAUUUUACUUUUAGCUUCGAUCUACAAGAAAUUCCUCGGUACCCAUGAAACAAAUCGUGGUGAAAAUUUCUAUUCGAGCGGCAUCAUACCCCACGACUACAAGCUAGAUUCCGUUUACGUCAAUGCCGAAACUCCAUUCCCGCAGUUGACAGAAUUUAUCAGACAAUCUACACAAUACUACCACUUGAACCCAAUUUUUAUCAAAGAUUCAAUGAAAUGUGGAUUUGAACACUACUUGAACGAAAUUAAUACAAAUGUCAAAUCAGUUAUAGUGGGAAUCAGACACACUGAUCCUUAUGGCGCGCAACUUCAAGAUGAACAGUACACCGACAGUAACUGGCCCAGAUUCUUGAGAAUUCAUCCUAUACUAGAUUGGAAAUACGUGGAAAUCUGGGACUUUUUGGUGGGAUCCGAUGUCAAUUAUUGCACCUUGUAUGACGAGGGAUACACAAGUUUGGGUGGUAGCAAUACCACUGUCCCCAAUCCAGAAUUAAUGAUUCCUGGCGGUGAAAACAAAUACCUACCCGCUUAUAUGUUGAAGGAUAAUGCUGAUGCUUUGGAAAGGCUAGGCCGGGUGAAAGUCCAGCAAUAA